AUGAGCGGGACCAAGUCGUCGUGGCCGGAGCUGGUGGGCAUCCUGGCGACGCUGGCGGCCACGCAGAUCGCGCGCGACAGGCCCGACGUCGCCGUCGAGGUUCUGCCGCCGGGCGCCCCGCUUACACCAGACUACAACGCCGAGCGCGUCCGCGUCUUCAUCGACAACAACGGCAUCGUCUCCCAGACCCCGGUCAUCGGCUAG